CAAAGAAGUAGGGUUAUGCCCAUGUUAGAUAAUAAAAUUUAAAUAUAUACAUGUAAUAAAUGCAAACAUUUAAUCGUAAUUCUUGUAAUAAAUGAAGUUGUAUUCUCCGAAGCUGAAAACAUUCCUUAACAAAUGGCCUGGGAAAAGGUAUUUUGGGGUUUAUAGAUUUAUCCCAUUAUUUUUCAUGCUUGGAGCAGCCCUAGAAUUUUCUAUGAUAAAUUGGAACGUUGGAGACGUUAAUUUUUAUAAAACUUAUAAAAAGAGACAAGCCAAAACUUAUUUAGAACAACACACUGAAGAAGAAAGAUAUAAGUUGUGAUAUUUUUUUGUAUCAAACCAUGCCUGCUGGAGUAAGCUGGGGAAGAUAUAUUACUUUUGCCAUUACAGCUAUGUUAUCAAUGAUGGCAGGAUCCCAAGUAGUACAUAUAUAUUAUAAACCCUUAUCAGAUUUGGACAAAUACAUAGCAGAAGAAAAAAAGAAUUUAAAAACAUAAAUGUGAUAGUUUUUGUAAGAAUAAUAGAAAAUAUUUGUCUAAAUCAUCAAAUGUGCCUAUGCAAAUUAAUAUUUAGAGUUGAUCUUUUAUUAGUUAGAAGCUUCUUAAUGAUGUCCAAAAUUUGUAAUUAACUACCAUGGCAUCUCUAUGAUUAAAAAAUAUAAUAAUUUUGAAGAUAAAUUGUUAAGAUUUUUUUUGUAUAUGAUUUUAUUGAAAAUAUCACACAUUUGCUAUUUGGGCAGAUAUUUUUAGAGCUCU